GUUUUGAUUUGACUCGAGUGGUGCAAUAUGCAUAUUUCUAUCAAGACGGUAGAAGGAAAGACCAUAAACCUAGAGGUUGAUGAUAGCUCCGACACCAUCGAUCUAAGGAUUCAUGGACCCACUCGUGAAUUGGUUCUUCGUUUAAGUCCUGAUCCGGGUCCGAAAGCAGUCAUGCGGAUUUUUGUACAGACUCUAGGGGGAAAAUUAUUCAUCCUCGAGGUGGAGGAGACCGAGACCAUUGAAAACGUCAUGGCCAAGAUCCAUGAAAAGGGAGGACCACCAGUGGACCAGCAGAGGCUAAUCUUCCAAGGCAAGCAGCUCCUCAAAGGUCGCACCAUGGCUGACUACAGAAUCAAGACGGAGUCAACCCUUUGCGUGAUGUCACGUCUUUGCGGUUGCUAACUAGAAUAAUGUCUCUUGUUUUCA